GAUGUGAAAUAAUUAAAUACUUAAAUUUCGAUCUUUUCGAAUUGAUUACGAAGGCGGAAAAAUGCUGAAAAGACGUGCCAGAGGUUUGUUCGUUCCGUCAGUUGUGAAAGCUGUCGAGGAAGAGUCCAAAAAGUCCAUGAAUGAUGAUCAGCCGGAAUCGAUGGUCCCCACAGAUGGAACGCUGUCUCACCGUGAAACCACUAAAACUCCCUUUGAGGAAUCAGCUGUGGAUAAUGCCUCGAGUGAAUUGGUUGCUAAUAACUUCGUAAUCCAAGUUUCUACGCCAAGUGAAGUUCCGUUUGAAACCAACAUUGACACAGAUACUAUUGAAUUGGUAUCUAAUAAAUCGGUUGAGCCUGGUCAAAAGAUUCAAUUUGAGACUUCAUCAGCUAUUGAUAAGUCACUGGUAUCUGAGAAGUGCGAUUCUUCAGGACCAAAAGAGGUGCAAUUUAGUUCGGGAAGUACGGCCUCUAAUAAUGCAUCAAGUUUUCGAAGGUCUCGCGCUAAGGUUGCUCCCAAGAUAAAUAUAGGCCCCGCAAUUUCGAAAGCAACAAUUCCAGAAGAAGAAUAUGUUCCGAAUGGUAACACCAUUAUGCAUAAAGGGAUUGAGGAAACUGUCGAUGCAAUUAGAAAUAAAAAAGUCGAUGAAAGUUCUCGUUCUGAAAUAUACAAAGAAACAGCUAAAAUUGUUGGCAGCGCCCCAUCGAAGUCAAAACACGCAAAUAGAGUUUCGGUCAACAAUAUUGGUUCAGUUUUAGAAAAUAAAGAGAGUAAAAAGAUUCAAGAUAACAUUCAAGUUUCUAAAUCUGUUGAUUCUGCAGAAAAACUGGAUGAAAUUCAUACACCUAAAGGUGCCGGAGGUGAAUAUAAAACAGUUCACGAAAGCAUCAAUGAAAAGAUAGAAUCACAUAUCCAAAGCAGUUCCACGUCAUCGCCGUUUAGACGUGGUAAAUUAAAAGUUGCUCCCAAAAUAUUCGGUGCUUCGGUCAUGAAAUCUCCGAGUGUGAACCAGUCGGGUACUCCUGAGAGAAACAAAGACACGAAAGAAUACCAUGAUUCUAUAGUGAGAACAAAAAACGUUGAAGCGAGUCAAACAACUCAAUUUAAAGAUGUAAAAUCUGAUAUCAUUUGCCAAGAUCAGUCAAAAGAUGAAUCAUUCCAGACAGUUUCACCCCAGGAAAGCGUCGAGGUUCUGCCCACUAAUAUUUUCCAAAGACGAACCAAAUCAAGAUUUUUGCCCAAAGGAUCAUCUUUGGCUAGACUGGCAAGUAGUGGCGAAGUCAAGAAAACCAUUUGCAGUCCUCAUGGAAGUGCGCUUGUUGGCGUCAAAUCACAAAGCUCCCUUGGUAACUCCCCUCCUGUUUCUAGCGACGUUCCGAGUUCUGCGAUUGAGAAAGAUGCGUGUUCAGAUGAAGUUGUUGGCACAGCCGAACCACCGAAGAGUGUUUUUACUGCCAUCGUGGAAACAUUGGGUGCUCAAAGUCAGCAAGCAAACAAAUCACCUGAGGUGGUCACAAAUCGAAACUCAAUUCAGGCACCUGAGAACCCGAAUUUAGAUGCGAUGCUUAUUGAAAAACCAGAGGAAAAGAAAAGGGAAAAAGUGGUUCCAAUUUCUAUUGAUCUUGAACAACUUCAACAACGAAGGUCAAGUUUGACACUUGGUGAACUGAUUAAUUGUACUGUGAAAAACUCCCGCAAAAUGGAUCCCAGUUGCAAGAUGGAAGCACCAGAUUUGGACGAACUAAUGAAAGCCCAAAUAACGCAGCGUCAUACCCGACGAAUUGAUUCGAAUGCACCCAAUAUGCUAACCUUAGACAGGAUUAAGAAAGAGUUUGUGGAAAUAUCUAAGAAGGAACCGGGAAUCGUAAAGUCAGAACCGAGUGAUGAUAAGAACUCGGUUAACGGAGAGACGAAUAACAACAGUGAUGCCUAUGCGAAUGGAACCAAGAGUGAGUUCGAUGACACACCGUCCAAUGUGUUUGCGCCUCGACUAAAAAUGGGCGAAGAUGGCAAAUUUGUUUUGGACGAAGAGAGUCUGGUGAUUGAGCAGACGAGUGAGUUGAUGCUGAAUAAUGGAGUGGUGACACAGGGAAGCAGUAUGCCCAUCGGCACCUACCAGAAGACCCUUUCUCGCUUCCAUCACAGAAAUAGCAUCGGAUGUAACAUGUUUUGGACUGAAGAAGAGCUUAAAAGACUGUACAUGGGCAUCCAAAUGGUUGGUGUUGACUUCCUGAUGUUGAUGACACUCAUCCCUGACCGGAGUCACAAAGAACUGAGGCUAAAAUUCCACAGGAUAGACAUACAAGAACCUCAAUGGGCCGACAAACUACUUAGCCGACCGCUCCGCUAUGACAGACAACUGCACAUCAGUCGAUACAAAGCCGAGUUGCGCAACAUGUCAAGGAAAUUAUACGAAAAACGCAAGUUGAAGUUGCAGUUCGAAGCUAUGAGGAGGAAUGAAAAGGGUCAUUUUAACGAGUGGUUUUUGGAAAGAGAUUUUGAACAGGAAGAGGAAGAACGACAGGAGCUUCUGAAGAAAGAAGCGGGCAAGAAAACAUCUUCCAAGAAAUCAAAGAAGAGAAAAACUGAGAAUAAAGAUGGCGGUGAUCCAGAAAAUGAAGAUUGCAUUUCAAUUGAUGGUCAACAAGAUGAUACUUCGCAGUCUUCAUCGUCGUCUCUGAAACAUAAAAAUCAGCGGAAACGUAAGACUAAUGGUGAGGGGGACCAGAACGUCUCUGGUACUAUGCAGGCAGUUGCAGACUCCAACUUCAUUCCGCAGUCUAAAAAACCACGAGGCAGUAGAAAAUCGGCGGAUAAGGACACAUCCUCAAAACGGGGACCGGGAAGGCCCGUAACGACGGGAGAGAGCUCAAUGGAGACUAUAAACCUAUCAAUACAAGCCGCCAUUGAGCGGUACCAGGGUAUUAAAAGUGCAACCGAAUAUCUCUUAGAGAUGGAUCCAACAAUUCUAGAUGGCACAGGCAACGAGUACGACGUUGCGGAUCUUGAUCCACGAUCUAACCUUAAACUUGCUAAAGCCUUAAAUUCCCCCAAUAAUGUAAACGACCCCUCAUUUGGAAAUGGGUUCAAGUCAAUUGCAAUAAGCCUUCAGUUCCCGCAAGUGGCUAUUCACAACGAAAACUCUAUGACAUCAGAAUCAUCAUCAUCAUCCAUGGGUUCUUCGUCUCAGUUUUCUGCGCCUGGAAGUUCCAGAACCUCGGCAAAUAGCUCACCCGGACCUCCAGAUCUGCGCCAAGUAGCGACCGACACUGAUAUGUUUGACAGCGCGAUGAAAAACCCUAAUUCGGGUAUAGAAAGAAGAAAAAGAGCUAGCGAAUCUGAAGCACAUAGCGUGUUAAAAUCUACUACUGUUGUCGAGAGUGUGCAAGAGUCAAUGGAUUCUGACGAAGUGCAGCGCCGAGUUAAUUUGAAUGAGGAAAGUAGACAGCAAAAUCAAAGAUUGCUAGCUGAAGUAUCCAAAGUUUAUCAAAAUUGUCUCAGAGAAAGCGGCGAAGAUGCGCUGAUCAUUGAUGAAACUGGUUCAAGUGGUAUUGUGAAGCAGAGCGAAAAGGAAAAACUCGACGAGCGUUUGAAUGCAGUCAAAUCUAGGCAAUCAACUCAGGAAACUACGGAAGUUGGUCCAAUUGUUACUUACACACAAACAGCCGCCUCACAAUGUAAUGAAAAAAACAAUCCUACCACCAGUUCUGGCAGUCCAAAAGAUGACCAGAUAGAAGACUACGUUGGAUUCACUGCCAGUGUUCUCGUAUCCAUAGACAGAGUUCUCCAUAAGGCCUUAACAGAACCAAAUUCUCUUGAACAGUACUUGAAAUCCGCGGAUGAAUUAUUUACCGAGUCGAUGAAUGGUUGUGAAAAUGAAACCGGUGAAAUUAUUAAGCACUUCAAUGAACCCUCAACUGAGGGCAGAGUGAAAAAGAUGAAGGCAAAAGGUUUUCGGAAAUUUUCAAAAAAAGCUAAAAAGGAAGAGACUAAAGAAUUGUCUACGGAAAGUGAAAUUUCUAAUCAAUCGGCAAUGGAUAUUGGAACUGAAAAGUCAUCCAGUAGUGUAAAUGCGUGUAACCUGUAUCCUACAAUUUCACUUGAAAAUGGUAUUGAUAAUCGUCAAUCCCCGGUAAAAGAAGGAUCAAGUUCAGGUAACAUUCAAUACAAAAACCCUUCAUUACCAGAUAAGACUUCACAUGAGCAGAAUGAAUCGCCUUGCAAAACUCCGUUGAAAGUACCCUCAAAACUCCUCUUUAAGCAGUCACCUCUUGUUAACUCGCCUUGGACCAAAAAGUUGAUGGAAUCUUCUAAGCUUCCCGAAGAACUUGCAGAUAUGCUUGAAAUUGAGUUCAGUGACGGAGAAAUUAGUAAACUUGCAAAUGAAUUCAACGAAAGCUUCAUCGAGGAUACCAGCUUCGAUAGAUCUGAAGUGAAACUAAAAACUUCAGUGGAAAAGGAAACCACCCUCGAGCCGUGCGAUGGUUCCGUAAAUGAUCACAGACAAAGCAUUCCAGUAGUUAAUGUAAAAGAAUCUAUCGCCAGUUCCACUAAUUUAGCCCCACUAGAACAUCGUCAUCAGCUAGUUGGUGAUUAUGUACAAUUUAGGACAGAAACAGUUACUCGACAAUCUAAUUUUAACGAUUUGUUGGACCCAUGUGUAGCUAGUAGUCAGGAAUCCGUUGUUUCUCAUGAUGAUCAAGAUGUGAUAACAGCAGAAGCUGCCAAUGGGCUGAAUGUAGCAGAAUGGGCUGCAGAAGUAUCAGGGGUUGAAAGAAAUAAUUUUGCCGCGACAGUUUCGGCUAAUUCAGACCACCGGCAACAUUGUCAAACGGUUAACUCUGUAAACGAUCUUCCGUUUCCACCUCAGUUAUCUCAAAUAUCUAUCAGUGCCGAUGGCAAAGAUUUGAGUGACGAUGGUUUCUGUGAUGAAACUGACACAGGCAUCGAAGGUGGAACUAAAUCAUCGGUGGUGACUGAAGUUGGAGAAAUGCUUGGUGACAUAGAAACUGAAAAUGCUUCUAAAGAAUUGACAAUGUAUAAUGAAGCACCUUCAGAUGGCAGUAACGGUAAUUCAGGCGGCAACGAACAAGUCGACUUCUCACUAGGCCGAGUUCCUUCUCCGCCGCCAAUUCCAGAGAAUGGAGAGAUUGGUCUGAUAGUGAUUCCGGAAAAAUUGCCAUAUGCGUUCUAUUUCGACGGUGUGAACAUGAUUGCAGGCUUAGUGAGUGAGUCACCUGAUGAUCCUAAUGGAAGUGCACUUGAGACCGAAGGCGAAAAUGAAAUGGUAGCUGAAGUUCCUGCCGACAUCACGGAAGGAGAAGGAUCAUUCGAAUCGUUUGAAAGUGGAAUAGGAACUCUUCCUGAGGAGGAAAAAAAUGGACUUGAAUUACAAGAUAACACGAAGUUGUCAGCGGAAUCAGAGCGGGAAGAUGGACUGGGCGAAAGUGGAAUAGAAGCUCUUGAAGAACAAAAAGAUGAUUUGGAGGUUCGAAAGGACGAAACAAAGUUAACGGAAUCAGAAAAUACGAUAGCACAGGAAGACAAUGGAACGAUAUUAGAUUCGGAAGCACCAGCGAGUCCCCUUGUUUCAAAGAGUCCUUCUCGAACCGAGAUACAUAAUUCAAGAGUACCUCAAACACCGCCGAAGAAAAGUGGAAAAGGAGUUCAACUUGGCUUCGACCCAGGUUUCGGAACGACUCCGAAAAGCAACCGUGGCAAUUUGACUAGUUCAUAUCAUUCCUCGUCUUUAAUCUCCACAUUGAAAGGCAAAGAGCAAUCGAAUCCCUCUUCAAUAACAUCUAAAUUGCAAGAGAAAGGUCGACAGACACCCGAAAACAAAUUAGGGCUCAAGACUUUGAAAGAGAAAUCAUCUCUAAUCGUAUCGAUCAUUGAGACUGAAACGCCAGUUGAAAGAACAGCGAGCGUUAAUGAGUUAGCGCUUCUGAACGACUCAGAACUCGUUCCAACAGUUGUUCUUGAAACGCAUCGAGAUGAUCACUUAAUCGGUGAAAUUAUGCAGGAAACAGAAGUCAUUGACCUUGAUGCAAUAGAGGAAACAAUCGGCUCACAACGUCAACAUAAUUAUCAGUCACAUGCGGUUGAGAGUGAAAUGGGUGAAGUGUUUAUUCCGAAAAUAGCACGUAGAAAUCAAGAAAUGGAGCAGUUCAUAGAUGUAGACCUAUGUGAUGAACUUGAUAGAACCGAACAUAAUUUUACUAUCCGGCAUUAAUGUCUAGAAAUAGAGACUGAAUAGUUAAUUUAUAAUGAGUUUAUAUUAAAAGAUUUGGAGUAUUUGAUAUAUUAGGUAAAACAAAAAUUUACUUUAACAUGUUUUUGUUCAUUUUGAAAUACAGGAAAAAAUGCGAAGUGAUUUUGUUAACACUUCUUGCUCUAAAAUUUUCUGUUUACUCAAGGCCUCGUUGAGACCAAUAAAGUUUA